CCUUCCAGGAGGGAAACUUAGCUAAGGUCUGUAUCGAGUUAUAGAGAAUUGCCGCAGGAAAAGCAAGCGGUUUAUAAACGAUUCCAAAGUUUCAGUCAUAAUUAAGGGAUCUAAGUCAUGUCCGGGAUAGCCCUAAGCAGACUUGCACAGGAGCGGAAGGCCUGGCGAAAAGACCACCCAUUUGGUUUUGUGGCAGUGCCAACAAAAAAUCCAGAUGGCACAAUGAAUCUGAUGAAUUGGGAGUGUGCCAUUCCUGGAAAGAAAGGAACCCCCUGGGAAGGUGGUUUGUUUAAACUGCGAAUGCUGUUCAAGGAUGAUUAUCCUUCCUCUCCUCCUAAGUGUAAAUUUGAACCCCCACUCUUCCACCCCAAUGUGUAUCCCUCUGGCACAGUCUGCCUAUCAAUUUUGGAGGAAGAUAAGGACUGGAGGCCAGCCAUCACUAUCAAACAGAUCUUAUUAGGAAUCCAGGAACUUCUUAACGAGCCAAAUAUCCAGGAUCCUGCCCAAGCAGAAGCCUAUACAAUUUACUGUCAAAACAGAGUAGAAUAUGAAAAAAGGGUUCGAGCACAAGCCAAAAAGUUUUCGCCGUAAGCCUCAAGAUUUUGACAUGGAAUAGAAGAAUUUGGACAAGGAUUUCCCCACCUCUACUUCCCCCCUGUUCUACAAACAUUUUCCAUAUACACAUUUUAUGCAGGACUUAUUUAAUAUACUGUAUGUAGUGCCAUUUGCCUUUACCUACAUGUAUACACUCCUUGUUCUGACAGUGGCCUUUUGUGAUAUAAGGAGGCUUUUUGUUUUGAGCUGACCUAUGACGUUCAUAUACAAACUCAUACAGUGCAGAUUCUUCUGUAGAGGUGGGGUGGAAGGUACAUGGCUUUUAUCUAUUUUAGUUGUCUGUAGGUGCUAGUGAUCUGGCACAGGGCAGGGCUAUGGCUACACACAAAGCUAACUGAAAAUUUUUCAAUUUAAUUUCCAAUGCAUAUUUUGGCUGGCUUUCUUCCUUUCAUUGCUAACUUGGCUUCCCCUUCAAACACACAGGGUCUAUUCCAUCAGUCUUUGUGUUUUUCAUUGUUUUAAUGAUGUAAAACUUGCUCUUUAAUGUCAGUAUUUCAACUGCUGUAAAAUUAUAAACUUUUUAUACUUUCUAUGAGCACACUAGUCUCUAGAUAUCUUUCCAUAUCUGAUGCAAGUCUUGUAUUCAGCAUGUUUUUCAUAUGUUUUGCUGCCUUGGCCAUUUUGAGUAUGUUCUACAAAAUAGGGAAAAUAGCCACAGUGAAUCAAAUCAGAAGUAUGUUUGCUUAUUUUUGCAUCAGACUCUUGUGUUUAUAUGGCGUUUUGUUCAUGUAAGUGUUUUAGAGUAAAUAAAAAUGUUUAUAUGA